CCCACACCCACUAACCCCGCUUUAAGUCAAUGAGAAUGUCUAACGUUGUGUUUGGAAACUGUACGGUAAAUAUGUCAGGCAACAUUGUUGCUUAAGUGGGGUGAACCAUUUAUUGGCGGUACAGGUGUGUGCGUCUCCGGAAUGGCCUAAAGAAGCCGCAGGGCGGUGCUCCGUGGGAACAGUGUGAGCGGGCGCAGCUCAGAGAGACCAACUGUUAGGAGGGCACAGCGUCAGAACCGGAAAAGGAGCCGUUCCCAUUAGCCGGUAUCCGUAUUUAGCGUAAAGCACCCCGUCCUGUCCAGUGUGCGCCAGUGUCGUAGCGACCGAGCGCUAGCGUUAGUUGUGACCGUACCAGCAGCCUGUUAGCCCUUGCUACGGGACGAAGUUAGCAUCUAGCCUAGCGUAUCUGUUUCUGCAGCCUGCUGACCCGGGUAGAGCUUCAGAAAUGAGGCUCAAAGUUGGAUUCAUUAUACGGAGUUUGCUCUUCAUUGGGACCUUUCUUGGGUUGUUGGUGCUGUGGUCUUCUCUGUCGCCGAACAACAACGAUGAAAAUCCAUUUGGAAAACGGGAUAAUGGUGGGCUGCCCAAAGGAGACCACCAACCUGAUCAGUUUAAGCCUGUGGUGCCCUGGCCUCAUGUGGAAGGGGUGGAGGUUGACCUCAACUCCAUCAGACUCAAACAUGGGGGGGUCGACGAUGGCUAUCAUCCUGACCAGCAGCAGAACCAAAAACAGGUGAUCCAGCAGCAGUAUGUGACAUUCAAGCCCCACAAACAAGGCCACACCAGCCCCGUCCUGAAGAAAGGUAUCCUGGGAAACUUUGAGCCCAAGGAACCCGAGCCUCCGGGUGUCCCUGGCGGUCCUGGAGAGGGAGCCAAACCUUUUGUCCUUGGUCCAGAGUACAAAGAUACUGUCCAGAGUUCAAUCAAAGAGUUUGGCUUCAACAUGGUUGCCAGUGACAUGAUCUCACUGGACAGAACCAUUAGUGAUAUACGCCAUGAAGAGUGUAAGUACUGGCACUAUGAUGACAGACUGAUGACCUCCAGUGUGGUGAUAGUCUUCCACAAUGAAGGCUGGUCUACACUGAUGAGAACAGUCCACAGUGUCAUCAAGAGGACUCCCAGGAGAUACCUGGCUGAGAUAGUCAUGAUAGAUGACUUCAGCAACAAAGAGCAUCUGAAGGAACGCUUGGAGGACUACAUCAAACAAUGGAACGGUCUUGUCCAGCUCUUCAGAAAUGAGAAGAGAGAAGGACUGAUCCAGGCCAGGAGUAUCGGAGCGAACAAGGCCACUAAAGGACAGGUGCUGAUCUACCUGGAUGCUCAUUGUGAGGUUGGAAUCAACUGGUAUGCUCCACUCGUUGCUCCAAUUUCAAAAGACAGAACGGUGUGUACCGUGCCUCUGAUCGACUCCAUACACGGCCAGAGGUUCACCAUCGAGCCCCAGGGUGGAGGAGACGAGGACGGCUUCGCUAGAGGAGCCUGGGAUUGGAGCAUGCUCUGGAAGAGAGUUCCACUGGGAGAAGCAGAAAAAAAACUCAGAAAAACUAAGACUGAGCCAUAUAGGUCUCCAGCAAUGGCCGGUGGUCUCUUUGCUAUUGAGAGAGACUUCUUCUUUGAGCUCGGUCUGUAUGACCCAGGACUGCAGAUAUGGGGAGGAGAGAACUUUGAAAUAUCAUAUAAGAUCUGGCAAUGCGGUGGCCAGCUGCUCUUUGUACCCUGCUCUCGUAUUGGACAUAUCUACAGACUUCAGGGAUGGCAAGGCAACCCUCCACCGGCACAUGUUGGAUCGUCACCCACUCUAAAGAACUAUGUUCGUGUGGUGGAGACAUGGUGGGAUGAAUAUAAGGACUAUUUCUACGCCAGCCGUCCUGAAACUCUCACUCUGGCCUACGGAGACAUCAGUGAACUUAAACGCUUCAGGGAGGAACAUCGAUGCAAGAGCUUCAAGUGGUUCAUGGAGGAAAUAGCAUAUGACAUUCCACUGCACUACCCGUUGCCUCCUAAAAAUAUAGAAUGGGGGGAGAUUCGAGGCUUUGAGACAAGUUACUGUAUUGACAGUAUGGGACACACCAAUGGGGGGAAUGUGGAAAUAGGACCAUGCCACAGGAUGGGGGGAAACCAGUUGUUCCGCAUCAAUGAAGCUGACCAGUUGAUGCAGUAUGACCAGUGCCUGACGAGAGGAGGGGAUAACUCUGCUGUUAUCAUCACACACUGUGAUCAGAAGCAGCACAAUGAGUGGAAGUACUUCAAGGACCUCCAUCGGUUCACUCAUCUAACGACAGGGAAAUGUCUGGACCGCUCCGACCUGCUGCACAAAGUCUUCACAUCAGACUGUGACACCAGUAAAACCACGCAGAAAUGGGAGAUGAACAACAUAGUGGCUGUCUGAUACUCAACAUCCCGCACAACCCUGGCAGCAUGGUGGGAAAUCUGGUGACUGUACAAGGGGGGGCACACACACACACACCAAGAAAUACAACCAUUAUUUUAGACGUAUAUCAAACCGAUACUGUCCUUUCAAAGAAACUAUUUUGGGGAUUUUUAGCAGUCAGUGUCACCUCCAACAUUGAUACUGAGUAUUGACUAUACAACAGCUUGAAUCCCAAACUGUUGGUUGGUACAACAGUUUAUGACACCAUGGGCACUCCAGAUGGCAGCAGAAGGGCUAUUUGCUUUGGAGGCUGAUGCUGUGGGUUCUCGCAAGGACUUAUUGGACUAACACUGAACUGUAAAACCGUUUAGGCUCUGUCUCCUUCCUUCAAAGCGGUUCUGUUUACCCUGUUUAUCCCUUAUUUGCUCUUUUGGGCUCUCCGGUCUUUUAUAAACCACUCCAUUCAUUGAGUCCUUUUUAUUGGUGGAGGAUGUGUUUACACUGGCUGGCAUAAUGUUUGCUUUGGUCUGCAAGUCAGGUUGAGAUGUCUUUCAGGCUUUAAAGGCACCUCAACAAAUAUGGGUGUCCUAUCAGGGUUGAUGGUAAAUCUAGUCUAUUGAAGCAAUACGUUGUUCAGUGAAUGCCGUAUUGAUCAUCAUCGUAAUUCCUCCCCCCGCUGCUCUCGGUUGUCUAUUCCACUUUAUCUUCAGAAUGCUGAGGUUCUCCUCUGUAAACCUCUCGUGCAUAGUAGUGUACAUAGUCUCUGGCUUGACGUCCUCACCAACAUCCAACCCGCUGAAUAAUUCAGUUUCUGUUGGCAUGGGUUUUCAUUUGAACAAAACUACCACGAGUAGGUUGGUCUUUGCUCCGGGCACCUCAGAUUCUGGAGGAUCCCCGCCAGCUCAUUCAUGGAGCUUUUAGGCGAAAUUUGUGUGUGAAUUGUCUAGUUUUCAGUUCCCCUUUUGGGACAGAGGAUGUCUCAUGUGUACAGAUUGUAAAGCCGGAACUGAUUUUGCCGCUGUGAAAUGAGCAUUCACUGUCAGUAUAGCAGAAUAGGAAUGUAUCUCUUAGGAACCACACUAUUUACCAUCAACAUUGAUUCCCUGGAAACAUACAGAGAAAAGCAAUCAGUGGUUUCCAAAAUAACACAUUGAGGUCCAUUCCUGUUGUUUAUUGCCUGAAUAUGCUUUCAAAUGCACAAUAGCAUGACCACAAAUAACUGUCCUUUUCUAUUCCAUUGGUUAUCCUUUAGUUCUAUUAAUAUCUCUAUCUGCUCAAAUCUAGUUUUACCAGCUUCUACAGAUAAAAAGAUACUGUCGAGAAACGUGGAUGGAGAGAGCAUCUUUUUACUGCCUGAGGACUUAUGAACUGCCUGCCUUACUGACUGUAUUGAUGAGUAAUUACAGUAGCUGACUGACUGUGAAUAACUGAUGGUGGGAAAAUGAAAAGGUAUAUACCAGGUUGUUGGGUGGGGAACGAUACCAGUGCAAAAUGCACAAAUUAUGUUAGGGAAAAAAACAAAUGAAGAUGUGUGAUUUUUUUGUUUUGUUUUGCAAGGUAAAGCGGGUUUGGUGAGUGGGUGAAAAUGUAUGCAAUGUUUUGUACAAUGUAAAUAUAUUCCUUUGUAAAGAUGAUCAUAAUGCAUUUUUAAGGGCCUUGAAUGACGUUGUAAAUAUCUAACUUAAAGCAGAAAUGUAAUAUGGGCUGAACUAUGGAUGAUUAAGCAAAUAAAAUAACAGAUUUUUACUACUAUGA